ACAUCUUUGAAGGAUGCCGACGAAGCGCGUGAAGGGGAAGAAGAAGCUGAAGAGCAUCAAGGCCAAGCAGACGGACGCGCAUGGCUCCAAGCGCCGCCUGGCGAAGCUCGGGAAGGAGCAGCGCAAGGGCAUGAAGGGCACGGUCGCCAACUACAUUACGCGCUCGCAGGCCAUCAAGAAGCUCCAGAUCACGCUCAAGGACUUCCGCCGCCUCUGCAUCCUCAAGGGUAUCUACCCGCGCGACCCGAAGAAGAAGGCGAGCGGCAAGGCCACGACGUACUACUACAUCAAGGACAUUAUGCACCUCGCCCACGAACCGAUCCUCAACAAGUUCCGCGAGUUCAAGACCUUCAUGAAGAAGCUCAAGAAGUCGCUUGGCCGCAAGGACAUCUCCGAGGCGCGCCGCAAGAACGACCAGAAGCCUACGUACGAGCUCGACCACAUUGUCAAGGAGCGCUACCCGCGCUUUGUUGACGCGCUCGGCGACCUCGAUGAUGCGCUCUGCUUGAUCCACCUCUUUGCGGUCAUGCCGGCCAUCAACGGCAUCAAGUCCAAGCUCACGGAGACGUGCCUCCGCCUCGUGCGCGAGUGGCAGAACUACGUCUCGGUCUCUCGCAGCUUGACCAAGGUGUUUGUGUCGAUCAAGGGCAUCUACUACCAGGCGUCGGUCCUCGGCGAAACCAUCACGUGGCUCGUGCCCCACACGUUCACGCCGCAGAUGGACAAGCACGUUGACCUCCGCGUCAUGCUUACGUUCCUCGAGUUUUACGAAGUCCUCCUCAAGUUUGUCAACUUCAAGCUCUACACGGACAUUGGCGUCGCAUACCCGCCCCAGAUUGACCUGCAGCUCGACGGCGCUGGCGUCCAGCUUGCCGCCAUGAAGCUGCAGAAGCUCGAGGCCAAGAACGCCGCCCCCAAGGCGACCAAGGCCAAGGACGACGAGGACGUCGACAUGGCGAGCAACGACGACGCGGUCCGCGCGCAGCAGAAGGCCUCGGAAGGUCGCAUUGCGUCGCUCCAAAUCUCAGCCGAGGCCGACAACGACGCCGAGGAAGAGGUCGCCAACUAUGGCAAGAUGACCGAGUCGCUGGAAGCGGCGUUCGCCUCGGAUGCGCUCGCGGCUCAGUUUGUCGCAGACACGAACGCCGAGGAGUCGCACCACAAGCUCUUCAACGGUCUCCGGUUCUUUCUCUCGCGCGAAGUGCCGGGUGCCCCGUUGGAGUUUGUGAUUCGCGCGCAGGGCGGCGUCGUUGGCUGGGAAGGCCAGGGCUCGCCGUUCAACGAGAAGAGCGAUCUCAUCACGCACCACAUUAUGGAUCGCCCGCACCAAGGUCACCGCUACUUUACCCGCGAGUACGUCCAGCCGCAGUGGAUUUUCGACUCUGUCAACAACGGCGUGCUCUUGCCGCUGGACAAGUACGUGCCGGGUGCGUCGCUGCCGCCGCAUCUCUCGCCGUUUGUCGAUGACGCGGCUGAGGGCUACGUGCCCGACUACCGCAAGCAGCUCGACAAGCUCAAGUCGGCGCUCGACGUCCACGCUGAACUUGCUGAGGAAGAAGACGACGAAGACGACGAGGUGUCGGAGGACGAAGAAGCCGUGUACGCGCAGGGCCUCAAGGACGAAGCCGACGGCAAGGUCGAGGCUGGCAACAGCGACGACGACGACGACGAAGAUGAGGAUUCGUCGAGCAAGAAGCGAUCGGCCCCGACCGCCGUCUCGGACAAGCCCACCAAGAAGAUGAAGAAGCAGGCCGAAGACGAGGAGCUCCAUGAAAUGGCUGUCUCGAUGAUGAACAAGAAGGCCAAGAGAUUAUACAGCCGCAUGCAGCACGGCAUUGGCAAGAAGUCGGACGCUGUCAAGGCCCUCGAGGACAAGAAGAAGGCGUUGGACGCUGCCAAGAAGGCCAAGAAGUAAAACACGACGACUACUAUAUUAACAGAACAACACGGUUGGAUAUUAGAUGUACAAUA